ACGGCUGAAAGUCAAAUCCGACCACACUCAGGGACAGAGACAGGGUUCUCCGCUUCAACAGUGCUUGAACGGCAACCUUAGCUUCUGUCUUCUUCUUUAAUUCCGAUCAAUUUAACAUCGAAGAAAUUAUUUUAUCAAAGGGGAAAACCUAAGCCUGCAUCGCUGAUUACAAAAGAAAGCAUUGGAAAUCCUCCGCUUUAAGCUAAAAUAAGCAAAAUAAACCAAAUCAGCAACAUGAACUCUCAGGUGAGACAGAAUUUCCACCAGGACUGCGAGGCUGCCAUCAACCGGCAGAUCAACCUGGAGAUGUACGCGUCCUACGUCUACCUGUCUAUGUCGUACUACUUCGACAGAGACGACCAGGCCCUGCACAACUUCGCUAAGUUUUUCCGCCACCAGUCGCAUGAGGAGCGCGAGCACGCAGAGAAACUGAUGAAACUCCAGAACCAGAGGGGAGGACGGAUCUUCCUGCAGGAUGUCAAGAAGCCGGAGCGUGACGAGUGGGGCAGCGGUGUGGAGGCUCUGGAGUGCGCUCUACAGCUGGAGAAGAACGUCAACCAGUCCCUGCUGGACCUCCACAAGCUGGCCACUGAUCACAACGACCCUCAUAUGUGUGACUACAUCGAGACACACUACCUGGACGAGCAGGUGAAGUCCAUUAAAGAGCUGGCCGACUGGGUGACUAACCUGCGCCGUAUGGGAGCGCCUAAGAACGGCAUGGCCGAGUACCUGUUCGAUAAACACACCCUGGGCAGUGAGCGCAGCUAAAUCCUCUCCACUGCUUAUCCACCGCCCUGCCUUUAUAACGUUUUUAUCCUUUAAUAGCAGGCAUUGAUUAAAUUAAGUGCUUCUUCCUGCUUGAACACGCUUCCCCUCGCUGGUCUGCAUCAUGUUCUCUUGUGUCCUGUCUUAAUACUGAAGUUGUCCUCCAGUCAAAUAAAAAAAAUGGUGGAUCCUA